ACGUCCCCGAGCGCACACGGCGUAGAGGAGAGUACAGCGCACGAGUCUGUGGAAGGGAGAUAACGGUUUCUUUUUUUUGUCCCCCCUCUCCACUCAAACAACAAGAACAAACCAAACCUGAUUUUAGGGGGGUCUCACAGAGUCUUCUGAUUAUCAGGAGGAGGGAAACGAGGAGCCGCAAGUUUUUUUUUCUUUUUCCGUUUUUUUUCUCUUUUCCUUAAAAGAGGAUUCUGUGCUUCGCGGUGGUUUGUUCUCCGCUCUCGCCGCAAAGAUGAUGGUCGGAGAGGUCGAAGUGAAGGAGCGACCGAGGCCGAGUCCCGACUAUUUAAUGCAAUUAUUGAACGAGAAGAAGCUCAUGACCAGUUUGCCAAAUCUCUGCGGCAUCUUCACACACCUAGAGAGGCUUCUGGAUGAAGAGAUCAACAGAGUGCGUAAAGACAUGUACAGCGACACAGUGAAUGGCCUUGUGGACAAACACCCACUGGAGCUGCCCGAACCAGUCGGACCCAUCGUUCACCUGCAGGAAAAACUGUUUGUGCCUGUCAAAGAGUACCCAGAUUAUAACUUUGUGGGGAGAAUCCUUGGCCCGCGGGGACUCACAGCCAAACAGUUGGAAGCAGAAACGGGAUGCAAAAUCAUGGUGCGAGGAAAAAGCUCCAUGAGAGACAAAAAGAAGGAGGAGCAGAACAGAGGGAAGCCAAACUGGGAACACCUAAAUGAAGACCUUCAUGUCCUCAUCACAGUGGAAGACACACAGGCUAGAGCAGAGAUCAAGAUGAGGAGAGCAGUGGAGGAGGUCAAGAAGCUCCUUGUACCUGCAGCGGAGGGAGAGGACAAUUUGAAGAAGAUGCAGCUGAUGGAGCUAGCUAUUCUCAAUGGGACAUACAGAGAUAACAACAUCAAAACACCCACCCUUGCGUUCUCUCUUGCAGCGGCGGCAGCAGCCGCUCAGGGCCCUCGCCUCAUAGCGACCUCCACAGGUCAGGUGUUGCCUCCCCAGGCACUGCGGCCUCAGACGCCAGCCGGGGCCCCCAUCAUGAACCUCAUCCGGCCCACUCAGAUGGCUGCCAUGCUGCCCAAUGGCACCCCCACCCUGGUGCCUCCCACACCGGAUGGCGGGCUUAUCUACACCACCCCCUACGAGUACCCUUAUGCCUUGGCACCCACCUCCCUGCUGGAGUACCCCAUCGAGCAUAGUGGGGUUCUAGGUAAGAGAGCCUGGGGAAGCAUGGGUGCCGCAGGUACAGCGACCAGCUUUAGCCAGCCUGGACAAGAGGCCAGCUUGUUUUACCCCGGAGCUGGGGUGCUGGACGCGGCUUCCAUGAGCCACAGUCAGGACUUGUUGAAAGGUGCAAUGGCUACUAAAGUGAGACGGCAUGACACGCGGGUCCAUCCUUACCAAAGGAUUGUGACCGCUGACAGAGCCGCCACCGGCAACUAACACAUGACCUUCUGACCUCUGAACUCUUCACCCAAUGACGAGCCGCCCCAAGCCUGCCUGCUGAUCAGUUAACUGGUAAUUGCCUUUUGCUAGCCUCUCGGACGCAAGUGUGUGAGAGAGAGAGAGAGAGAGGCGCCUGCCCGUACAGUUACCCUAACACAUUCUGACAAUAAAAAAAAAGAAAGAAAAAAAGUAGAAACCAACGCAGAAUCUUCACAGAAACACAACGAAAACCCAACAAAGUUGUGUGAUAUUCAUAAAUAUUUUUUUCCCUUUGUUCAUUGAGUUCGAUUCCCAUUCUUUCUCUUUCUUUUUCUUCAUGAAUCACACACUGGGUGGACGUGUUUGUGGUAUGACUCAUAAAUCUGCACUGAAUUACAUAGCAAUAAAGACCCCCACCCCACACACCCCACCCCCCUUCCUCUAAUUACUCUGAUGUGGUGACCUCACUUGUAUGAAUCAAAGUUGAGUAUUUAUUUGACGCAAACCAUUUGGUUUCAGAGUAAUGGCCCUCAGAUUGACAGCCCCUCCUCCCCUCCCUCAAAAUAUAGAUAUAAGAGCGUCUACCUGCUCCCACCCUGUCCCAAAACCCACCCACGGGGAGAGAAAAAGAAACAGAAGGAAAGAGAACAUACACUCACAUUAACUUGUUUAAUUUCUGUCAUUUUCACGUGUAGUUCAGUUGUUGAGCUCCAAGAUGUACUUUUGAGCUGACACAUUCUGGGUGUGCCCCUCUAAACAGCUUUCUGUCUUUGUUUUUAUUUCAUUUUUUAAAAAGCAUGGCUGAAAUGAUUGCUAAAGGAGCUUUUUAUGAUUUAUGUGUUUUGUUUUUCUCCUGUCUGUUUUUAAUGCUUUU